AUGGCGGUUAACCACGCGGUUCCGGGCAGCGGGAUGGCGAUUACCGCGAUGGAGGGCGUCGCAGCCGCGCGGAAGGGGGACAAGGAAGCCACCAAGGAGGCCGCAAAGAGUGUCGCUAAGGCCGUGGGCUCGGCCGCAGCUGGCGCGGUGGUGGGACCGCACGGCACACUCGCGUUCAAGGUGGGGGCCGCCGCGGCGGAGCAUGUGAAACCCAUCGUGGACAAGAAGUUGGCAAAGCGCAAGGCGGAGAAGGAGGAGGAACUGCUCACCGCUUGA